AUGCCAAAGCAGACCUCCAAACGAACGCGAUGUUGCAUUUCCAACAGCCAAAAAGCUGCUCUACGUACUCAACACCAGUUGAAGCCUCAGCUCACUAAUAUCGACCUUAUCAAGUGGUUCGAAGCCACGUACAACCAGCGGAUUACUCCCUCCUCCGUAUCCCGUAUCCUGUCUCCCCGAUGUGAUUAUCUUGAUGCUAUUCCCGACCACCGAUUGAAUGAUAAACGACGUCGAACAGAGUUGUGGCCAGAGCUAGAGGCAGCAGUUAUUGACUGGCUUGAACGCGCGCAAUCCUAUAUUACUAUCUCACAAGAAGUCAUACGCGAGAAAGCAAAGCAAUACUGGCCGAUUAUCUAUCCUGAUAAGAUGAUGCCGUCAUUCAGCAACGGUUGGCUUCGAGGCUUCCAAUAUAGGAAGAAUAUCAAGAAUUUCAAGCAGUACGGAGAGGGCAGGGAGAUAACACUGGAAAAUGAUGUUGAAGACCAGAUGAUCUUGAUACGCAAAGCACUACGUGUUUACGCGCCUUGUGAUAUCUUCAACUGUGAUAAAACUGGCCUAUAUUGGAGAAUGCCUCCGGAUCGUGGUCUUUCUACGCGUUCAAUCCCUGGACUUAAGAAAGAUAAAGCACGUAUUAGUAUACACUUCUGCUGCAACGCUGAUGCCUCUGAGCGCCUUCCUUUAUGGUUUAUUGGUGCAGCAAAGAAGCCUCGAGUCUUCCAAGCAGCAGGUAUAAAUCCAGAGAAUCUAGGUUGCAAAUGGCGAAGCAAUCGAAGGAGUUGGAUGACUACUGCAAUCUUCAAAGAAUGGCUUCUUUGGUUUGACCAGAGAAUGGUUGGCCGGCAGGUUGCUCUAUUAUGUGCUAACUUCUCAUCUCAUCUUGCUGCGUACGAAGAGGUUAAAUCACAGUUAUCGAAUACUCUGAUUAUAUGGCUGCCACCCAAUUCAACAUCACGAUACCAGCCACUUGAUCAAGGCAUCAUCCGGACCUGGAAGGCUUACUGGAAACGGCAAUGGCUGGUUUAUAUGAUGACUGAAUAUGACCGGGGUUACGAUCCUAUAACUACAAUGAACCUUUUGCAAGCGCUCCGUUGGUCGAUAUCUGCAUGGAAUCUUGAUUUAAAAGAUGAUACAAUCCGCCACUGCUUUACACGCGCGCUUUCAGAUGACACUUAUAAUCCUAUGCCUGACUCUGCUAUCCUACAUGAUUUGACUGCUAGUCUACAGAAGUUGCGGAAUACUGCACGGAUUCAAGAUAUGAUGCAUCUUGACCAGUUCUUGAAUCCUUUAGAAGAGCAGGUUCAUGAUGCAACUACUGAUAUCGAUGAUGUUGUUCUGAGCCAGUACACUGCAGUUGAAGAUGAGGUUGAAGAGGAUGAUGAAAUGAUAGAGCCUCUACCAAUUAUAUCAUCUACUAGGGCCCUGCAGGCAUUACAUGACCUCCGUUUGUACGAAGAACAACAAAAUGAUGCUAAUCAAGCAUCUCUACACUCGCUAGCAUGCCAGGAACGUGAUAUUCUUCGAAGAAAGGUGUUAAACACGCAACAAAGUGAUAUUCGUGGCUACUUUAGGUAG